UCUCUCUCACCUCUUGCGGAAAAGAGGAAAAAAAAAACUUAAGCCUCAAGAAAUCAAUCCACAAAAUCAAUUCGACAAAAACCUUUUUCCUGCUCUCAAUCUCUUUUUCAUCCCAUAUGUUGCUUCCGUGAGUGAUAUCUUUUCUUUGGAAAGAAUGGGAAGAAACAUCUGAGGAUUCAUUGAUAACCAGACAUAAUAUAUUCAAACCAAGAAAAUAUAUAUAUUUGUGUGUGUGUCUAAAUGAUGAAAUAGCAGAUUGAGAGCAAGAAAGAGGUACAUAGGAGAUAACCGCAAUGGAGAUACAGAGAAUGAGGCAGCUGAUGUCCCUUUGGUCUAAUUUGAAGAGCAGUCGUGUUUCUCUAACUGGUGGGAAUCAUACAGCCGCUAGGUUCUGCACUCGCUAGACUCGCCUUUCUCUUAACCCUCUCUCUUCCUUCUCUCUUUUCUUCUUUUUCUUCUUUUACCUGUUUUCUCUCCUUAUAAUUCGUUUUAAUUGUCUAUUAGCUUUCUCUUCUCUUUUUCAUCUUCUUUAACUUUCAACUGCACUUUUGGGGCGCUCUCUUCGUCUCAGCAAAGAUAAAAAAAAUGGUGUUUGUUACUGUCCAUGACUUUCACUCCAUGUGCCACAAGCAUUGUCACUACCUCUUGAAAAAAAGAGACCAUUCAAGCUCUUCUUUGGGCUCUACAGAUUCUAUCUUCAAGGCUUCUCGUUCUGAAGUCUUGACUCUUUUUAUGAGAUCAAUGCUUUUGGCUUUGUUGUUUCUUUCGUUUACUUGGUUGAGUCUGCUGAAGUAUGAAACUGAUUCAACCGCUGCAUCUAAGUUGGUUGAAUCUGACCAACAUGAGCUAUUGCCUUUGCUUCUGAAUGAUUUAGAGAAGGAAGGUCUCUUUAAGAUUGGAGAUAAAGCACUCCUCCUAAGCGGAGGUGAUGAUGAGGUCACGGUUACUUCAUACUCUCAAACAGUUAUCGAAACCGAGGUGCUUUUUGUAUCUGCAAGCGAUGAGGAGACGCAGAGUAUGGUCCCAAGCGAGACCUUUGAUUUUGCAUUUGCACAUUCUCGUCACAUUGACUCUGCUGAGUUUCUAGACCGGGCUCUCAAAGUCGGCGGCAUCCUCACCGUCCAGCUCAACCUCCAGGAUCUUCCUCCAAACUUCUUGGAACACUUAAACUACGAAAUAGUCUACAUGAAGAGCUCUGAGUACACGGUUAUGGCGAUGAGGAAAACAGGGGAAACAGAGGAAAAGCAGGGCACAGUGGCCCCCGGGAGAAAGCUUCUCACUAUCACAGAAGAAGAGGCCAAGAAAAAUGCUUUGAGUAAGCUAGAGGAUGUUCUCCUUGAACCACCAAGAGCAGCUUCGAGGAAAUCAAGAACCUACUUGAAACGAACAAGGUACCUCCCAGACCUUAUGGGGGACACUAUGGACCUGGGGAGUUACUCAAGGCGAGUAUUUAUCGAUGUGGGUAAUGGAAAAGGAAGCAGUGGAACAGAAUGGUUCGUUAAGAAUUACCCAACAAGGAACCUGAAGUUUGAGAUGUACAAGAUUAAGACAGUGAACGAUGAGAUGAGCCUAGAAUCUGAAAAUAUGGGGAUGACCGAGUGGCUCAAAGAGAAUGUGAAGGAGGAGGAAUACGUGGUGAUGAAGGCAGAGGCUGAAGUGGUGGAGGAGAUGAUGAGGAGCAAGUCCAUAAAAAUGGUGGAUGAGCUUUUCUUGGAGUGCAAGCCAAAGGGUUUAGGGCUAAGGGGAAGGAAGAUGCAGAGUAAGACUGGUAAGGCUUAUUGGGAGUGUUUGGCUCUAUAUGGCAAACUUAGAGAUGAAGGUGUUGCGGUGCAUCAAUGGUGGGGUUGAAGUUUAAGAACAUGGAGACAGACCUGAGAGAGAUUAUCCAUCAAUACCAGUCUCUUUUUAUUCUAUUAUAUUUUAUGUUUUCUUUCUCUGUCGUCAGUUUUUAAUUUAUUUUGUGUCAUCUUAUGUAAUGUUGUGCUGUUUGAAGUAUUUCGUGGUGUUGUAAGUUUGGGGAUCUAAUGAGCUUAAUUAAA